AUGAAGGAUAAUAAAAUUUUUAAGAAUAAUAUAUUUAUAUAUAAUGAUAAAGUUAAAGAAUUAUUGUAUGAGUUAAUUUUUAUAACUAAUAACAUAUCGUUAUAUAGAAAGAAAUAUAUUAAAUACAUAAGAAGAAAGAUUGAUGGUGAUAAAUAUAAAUGUAAUAAUAAUAAUAAUGAUGAUGAUAAUUAUGCAUUUUUUUUUUUUAAAAAUCAUAAUUAUAAUAACGAAUUUUUAAUAAAAAAAUAUGUAAAUUUUAAAGAAGGGAAAUAUAGAUAUAUUUCAAAUGAGAAGUAUAAAAAGGAAUAUAAUUCUUCAUUUGAUAUGCUUGAAUAUUAUGAUAAAUUUAUAAAUAGAUUAUUAUAUUUAUGUAAUAAUGAUACUGAUAUAUAUAUAGAAUUUUUAUAUGUUUUAUUAAUAAACAGUCAACUAUAUAAUCGUUUUCUUUUUUUAUGUACAUACAUAUAUGGGGAUAAAAAAGAUCCCUUUCUUUAUUUAAUAUAUAAUCAUUUUUUAAUACUUGUAGAAUAUUAUUAUUAUUAUAAAAAUUCACGUUAUUUCGAUGAUAUAUAUAACAACUUGAAGAAUACAUAUGAGAACAUACAAACGAGUGAUAACAAUAAAAAACAUUACAAUGAAAUGAAAAAUAAAAAUGGGAAUCAUAAUAAAGGAAAUGACAAUUAUUUUUUUUGUAACAGGGUUUUAGAGACAAGUGGAGUAUCACCCAUACAAAAUUUUAAAAAUAAAGAUACAGAUGCUUACAAAACAGAAAGAGUAAAAUUUCUUUACAACUUCUCAAAGAAAAGAAAUGAAAAUUUUUUUACCAUCAAUGAAUCUAACUCUACUAGUGACUACAGCAGUGAAUCAUUCUCUGAAUAUGAAGAACUAAACAAUAAAGAAAAUGAGCAAUCUGUAUUUUUUAAUAAAGAAGAAAAUGUUUAUUAUGUAGAUGAAGAUAAAAAUGGUAAUAAUAUGUUGAAUGGUAAUAACUUGUUGAAUGGUAAUACAUUGUUGAAUGAUAAUAUAUUGUAUGAUCAAAAUAUAGAAAAAAAGAAAAAAGGAAAAGACACAAAAAAUAUUUUUAAUAAAUUUCUUUUUAAUUUAUCAGAAAGUCAAAAUAGCCUUCGAAAUUUAUAUCAAAAUUUUUAUUCAAAAAAUAAAAAUAGAUUAUACGAUUCACAAUUAAUAGAUAACAAAAAAAAAAAUUCAUUACAAAAUAGAUGUUUCUUUUUUUCAAAUGCAAAUAAUUUUAAUAUUAAACAAUAUUAUCAAUUAAAACAUAUAUUUUCCAUAUUUAAAAAAUUAAAAAUCGAACAUUUAUAUAUAUUAUUAUAUUUUUCUUUGUCUAUAUUAUCUACAUUAUUUCAUAUAUAUUUGUCUAGAGUUAUGAUUAAUAAAAAAAACCCUUUUUUUAUCAGUACGUAUCUAUUUUAUUUAUCAAAAAAGGUUAAGAAUAAAAUUUUUAACAAUUUAUAUAAAUAUAUACAACAUAAUAAAAAAGAGGAUACAAAUAAGUUUGUGUUUCAAAGUGAUGAUAUAAAGAAAAAAAAAAAAAAAAAAAAAAUAAUAAACAAUAAUAAUAAUAAUAAUAAUAAUUGUGAUGUACAUGAAAAAGUUAUAAUUGAUGAUGAUAUAUCCAUAAAUUAUUUAAUAAACAAAUACAAACACAAUGAUGAUAAUCAACUUAUUAAUUUAUGUCAUAAAAAUAAAUAUGAUACAACUAAAGAUAGUGUAUCAUUGUUAAAUGUAUUAACAAGUCAGGAUUCCUUACAAAAUCUAAACAAUAUGGAUGUUACUCAUAUUAUUAAUAAAUUUAUAAAAGAAAAACAAAACGAUAAAGAUAAUAUUGAUUCAUUUAAUAAUGAUAUAAAAAUGUUACAUACACUUCAAUUAAAGGAUAAUUUUAAAAAAUUGAACUUUCAAAUAAUUAACAGAAAACAUGAAAAUAAUAUAUUAGAAGAAUGUAAUGGGGUACUAUCAAAUGUGAUAAAUAAUGAAGAAUAUAAUAAUAUAUUGGACAAAAAAACAGACGAAAAAGGAGACAUAAAUGAAAAAAGAGAAACAAAAAAUCUAUAUAAUCAUUAUGAUGAUAAUGGUCAUGAUAUAGAUAUGUCAGCACAAAAAAAUGAUUGUAAUGACAAAAAUAGUGAAGAAUAUAAAAAAGAUGAUAAAUCAAUAAACAAACCUUUUAAUAUGUCUCAGGAAUCUAUGAAUAAUGAUACAUUUUAUAAAUUCAUAAAAUAUCAUCUACAAAUGAAAUAUAUCUAUUUUUAUUAUAAAAAUAUAGAAAAAGAGAAAUUAUUAAAUUAUGUAGGAUUUGAGAAUCUAAUAAAAAGCCUCAGUAUAAUAUGCAAUGAACAUUUCUUUGCUUUUUAUAUGAAUAAAAUAAAUAUGAAAAAUAUAUAUGAAGAAAAUGAUAAUAUAUUAAAUGAAGCACAUAAUGUUAAUAAUUAUACUAUAAAAACAAAAAUGGAAACAAAUAAACAAGAUGAAGAAAACAAUCAAAAUGAAUAUCAUGAUGAAGAAAAUAAUAUUGACACACUACAUUUAAAUAGUAUAUAUAAAGAACCAACAUUAAUCAAUAAUGAAUAUAUUAAAAAAAAAAUUAAAAGAAAUAAAUUAUAUACAUACAAAUUAUUCAAUAAUCAAAUAGAAACAUUAUUAAAUUCAAAAGAAUUAAUGGAGUAUAUAAAAAAACAAAAAGAGACAAAGAACAAAAAAAAUAAAAGUCAAUUAGAAAAUGAUGAUUUUCUUUAUAUACAAACACAAAAUGAUAAUAAUAUUAUAAAUAAUAAUGAUCAACAUAUAUAUAAUGAUAUAUUUAAAUUUAUACAAAAUAAAUAUUAUCAUAAUAAAAAUGAUGAUAUUCUACAUUCAAAUUGUAGUUCAUAUGAAAAUAGUGAUUCAAGUGAUAAUUUAACAUUAUAUAAUUAUAAUAAAAAUUAUUAUAAUCAAAAUAAUAUAAUACUUGAUUCUUUUCUUUUUUUUAUAAUUAAUAUAUUUUAUACCUUCUUACAUUUUCAUAAUGUAUACUUUUCUUCACCAUAUUUAAAUCUAUUCUUAUCCUUUUCAAUUAAGCUAAUUUAUAAAUAUAAAAAUAUUCUACAAUGUCAAUCAAAUAUUAAAGAUAAGGACAUCUCCCUCGAUCCACCCAUGUUAAGUCCUACAAAAAGAGAAGAUGAAGCUAACACAAAUUAUGGUUUACGCCAUCAAAAUAACCAUUCGUCAAAUAAACCAUAUAGCCAAAUCAAACCUUUAGGAAGAAAAAAAAAUAUUCAAAAUAUAUGCACACUUUAUAAUAAUAGUAAGAAUUAUAUACAUAAUGCUUGCUCGUCUAAAGAAAUUAUAAAUAUCAAUGAUGAGCCUAUUAAUGUACCAAAUAUUAUAGAACUCAUUGUAAAAAAACAAAAAUUUAUAAAGAAAAAACAAAAGAAAAAUUAUUCGUGUAUAGGAAAUGAUAUAUUUUUAAAAGAUAAAACAAAAGAUUUUUUACCUAACACAUUUGACAUAAUCCUCAACUCUUUUUUUGAUUUAUGUAUAUCUAUAUGUAGUAUGGAUUUUAAAUAUAUAUCUCAAAAAAAACAAAAAUUAAAUAUGUCCUAUUUUUGUAAUAAUAUAAUUUUUUAUCACCAUAUAAUAAAUAAAUCUUAUAAUGACAAAGAUUUAGAUCUAUUCAAUAGAAAUAAUUAUAAUGAUUCAUUGGAAUCCAAAAUGAAAAAAAAAAAAAAAAAAAAAAAAAAUCCAACCAAUACUACAAAUAACAACAAUAAUGAUAUAAAUGACAUGAUAGGAAUGUAUAAAACAAAUGAAUUAUCAAGUAACAGUUCGAAUAUAUUAAAUGAGAAUAAUUUGAAUAAGAUCAAAUCAAAAGAAAAAAAAAAAGAAAGUAACAAUAAAAAUGAAAAUAGUAAUAAUUCAUUUGAUUGUAUAGUAAAUAAUAAUGAUGCUGAUUAUAAUGAUAAUUAUAAUGAUAAUAAUAGUUAUAAUAAUAGUUAUAAUAAUAGUUGUAAUAAUAGUUAUAAUAAUAGUUAUAGUAGUAGUUUUUCGAUUUGUAGUGAUGAAAGUUUAAACUUCUUAAAAUAUAUGAAAAAAAAAAGAACAAAUAGAAUUUAUAUAGAUGAAAAUAAUAUAAUAAAUAUGCUUAUUAACAUUGGAUGUAUUUUUAUGAAUAAUAUAAAAUAUAAUGCAGCUAUUACCUUGAACCAUAUAUAUAAAAUUAAUCAAUAUAAUCUUUUAAGUGAUAGACAAAAAUUUUACAAUUAUAUACAGAAAUCAUUUUAUAAUAAUAAAAAUAUAACAUUUCCAUAUAUAUAUAAUCAAUAUUUUAUAUCGUUCUUCUUUUUUUUUAAAAUACAUUAUCUUUUCUUUUUAAUAAAGUAUAAAUGUGAGAAUGAAAUUUUUCUUAAGGCUUAUUGGUUUCUCCAUGCAGUAUAUAAUAUAACUCAAAAUUGA